AUGGGAAGGUGCGGAGGAGUGGAAAGGACCCACGGCCAGAGCGCCGGCUGUGACGGUUUGCUGGGCUCGGACGCCCGCGAAGAUCACUGCGGCCGCUGCGGCGGCGCCAACGAGUCGUGCCUUUUCGUGCAGCGCGUGUUCCGUGACUCCGGUGCCUUCGCUGGGUACUGGAACGUGACCUUGAUCCCCGAGGGCGCCAGACACAUCCGCGUAGCCCACCGGAGCCGCAACCACCUGGCGCUGAUAGGGGUCGACGGGCGCCACGUGCUCAACGGGAACUGGGCGGUCAGCCCACCCGGGACCUACGAGGCGGCGGGCACCCGUGUGGUCUACACCCGCGCUGCGGGGCCAGAGGAGACGCUGCGCGCGGCUGGGCCCACCUCCCAAGACCUGCUCCUGCAGGUCCUCCUGCAGGAGCCCAACCCCGGCAUCGAGUUCGAGUUCUGGCUCCCUCGGGAGCGCUACGGCCCCUUCCAGGCGCAGGCGCAGACCCUGGGCUGGUCCCUGCGGCAGCCGCAGCCUCGGGAGGUGGAACCACAGCCCGCUGAAGCCCCCGCGGCCCCAGCUGCCGGUUCCCCGAGGACCGCGCCCCCCGCCCCAGACCCCUGCUCACCGUGCCCAGACACUCGAGGUCGCGCGCACCGGCUGCUCCACUAUUGCGGCGGCGACUUCGCUGAGGCCGCUAGGCCUCGCAUCCUGGGCCUGCGGCCCCUCCUCAUCCUCAAGGCCAGCAGCGCGGGGUCCGCCCGGCUCUCUGCCUCCCUCUCCAGCCCCUCCUCCCUGCCUCCUGUGGAGCAACAGGAGGCAAGGCUACUCACCACCGUAGAAGGGCACCCACUGGACCGGCUGCUGCUGCCCCACACUGGCUACGCCCGAGCGUGGAGCCCUGCCGAGGACAGCCGCGUGCGCCUGGCUGCCCGACACUGCCCCGCCUGA